AGGCCACGGGGGCCUCGCCUAUCAUCCGUUGCUUCAACCCCACUUUACUAUUGCCUCCGCCUUUUCUUUCUCUCUCUUGCACAGUGCUCUCUCUUCCUUUCCUUGAGCGAGCAAGCCUCCCUCCACUUUAAAUUGCUGUUAAUCUCUAGCUUAAGGCUCAAGCAUAGUUGGACGGAACUGCUAGCUUCUGUCAGUCUCAGAUAACCGUCGCUUUUAUAUCACCUGUGCCAUAUGCCGUCUCACCAUCAUUGUUGCCAUCACCAGCCGCUACCUCCGCGCUCGCGCCUGUAGCCCUCACUCACGCCGACGCAGGGAUCCAUCCAUCCACGAGCGCGAUGGGACGCGAGGCGGCGGCGUGCUCCUCCAAGCCCAAGCUGCGGAGGGGGCUGUGGUCGCCGGAGGAGGACGAGAAGCUCUACAACCACAUCAUCCGCUACGGCGUCGGCUGCUGGAGCUCCGUCCCAAAGCUCGCCGGUUUGGAGAGAUGUGGCAAGAGCUGCAGGCUCAGAUGGAUCAACUACCUGAGGCCUGAUCUCAAGAGAGGCAGCUUCUCCCAGCAGGAGGAGGACCUCAUUGUCAGCCUUCACAAGAUCCUUGGCAACAGGUGGUCCCAGAUAGCAUCGCAGCUGCCAGGCCGGACAGACAACGAGAUCAAGAACUUUUGGAACUCGUGCAUCAAGAAGAAGCUCCGGCAGCGGGGCAUCGACCCCACCACCCACAAGCCGCUCAACGACGCCGAGCCGCACGACGAGUGCAAGCAGCAGCUGCCGGGUGCGGAGGAUGACCACUGCUUUGGAGGCGCCGCUGGCAGCGACAUCGACCCCCUGGCGCCGCCGCACUCCCCUGUCGACUGCAGCUUCGACCCCAUGUCCGUGACCAACGUCCCCGCAAUGCAGGCUUCCUACGGCUCCUUCUGCGACUAUGGCGGCGUCUCCUCCGACGCCGCCACGUACAGCGCCUACACCGGUGGCGGCGACAGCUCAAGCAACAGCAACGGCACCUGGGGGACCUGCGCCAAUGUGGUGGAGCCGCUCGCGCACAUGGACAUCUUCCGCGACGCCGAGCCGUACCCGUUCCUCGACCCGGCCAAGUUCAGCCCCUGGCACCAGCACCAGGAUCCCCACCAGCAGCACGGUGCCGGCGGCGCCUCCUCCGAGAGCUUCCCGAUCCGGUCGCUGUCCCGAGACCUGCCGGAGUCGUGCUUCGAGCUCGCCCGCGGCGCCCUGGAGGACGAGUUCGACUUCCUCUAGUAGCUCACUAGGGGAUGAUCCAGCUUCAUGCACGUCUCCAUCGAUAUUCGACAGCCACACACACAUCUGGAGAUACAAACUUCACUCCGCCUGAUCAAUAGAUCGGUCACCGUCGGCAUCAUGCGUGGCUUCGUCACAGAUAUGCAUGCUUCGCGUAUGCAGCUCUCGUUAUUUUUCCAACACUCCCCUCUCCUGGAAGUACUUACUCCAUUAAGUUGUUUAUUAAUUAGUUAACAAGAAUGGUAUACUGGGAUCAUAAUAAGGGUUAUAUAUAUACACACACACGGCCCCCAAUUCAUGGGGGUCAUGCUUUUGUAAGGGAAGAACAUGCUGUGUUCAUGGAAUGUUCAAUUCGAUGUCUAA